CUCCAGCAAGGGACACGGGGCCUCUUCUCCCUCUGUCUUUUCCCUCUUUCCAUCCUCUCUCUAUAUAGUCCCCUUCUCUUCCCCUCUGAUCCUUUUCCUUUCCCGUAUGCUCAUGAGCUGGUCUCCAGAGGAGUGCAGGGGCCAGGGAGAGCCUCGGGGUGACAGACACUCCCUCUGUGCCAGGCUGGUGGAGAAGCCUAACAGAGAGCACCUUGAACCUGGCCUGGGACCUAUCAUCACCCGCACGGCUUCAGGACCUGUCCUUGCCUUCUGGCAGGCAGUACUGGCUGGGGAUGUAGGCUCUGUCUCUCAAAUCCUCGCGGACUCCAGCAUUGGCCUGGCUCCAGACUCCAUCUUUGAUACCAGUGACCCAGAGCGAUGGAGAGAUUUCCGCUUCAACAUCCGUGCUCUGAGACUCUGGUCUCUGACGUAUGAAGAGGAGCUGACCACUCCAUUGCAUGUGGCAGCCAGUCGCGGCCACACUGAAGUUCUCCAGUUGCUGCUGAAGCGUCGAGCCAAGCCAGACAGGGCCCCUGGAGGCCGCACCGCUCUGCAUGAAGCCUGUACUGCAGGUCACACGGCCUGUGUCCACGUGCUGUUGGUGGCUGGAGCGGACCCCAACAUCCCCGACCAGGAUGGGAAGCGUCCUCUGCAUCUCUGCCAGGGCCCUGGGAUCCUUGAGUGUGUGGAGCUGCUCCUGAAGUUUGGCGCACACGUGGAUGGUCGGUCUGAGGAUGAAGAAGAGACUCCUCUGCAUAUAGCUGCCCGGCUUGGCCAUGUGGAACUAGCAGACUUGCUUCUGAGAUGGGGUGCUUGCCCUGAUGCCCGCAAUGCUGAAGGUUGGACCCCACUGCUGGCUGCCUGUGAUGCCCGCUGUCAGUCCCCCUCAGAUGCUGAGGCCACCACCCACCGCUGUUUCCAACUGUGCAGCUUGCUGCUCUCAGUUGGGGCAGAUGCUGACGCUGCCGACCAGGACAGGCAGCGGCCCCUGCACCUGGCUUGCCGCCGUGGCCACUCGGCCGUCGUGGAGCUGCUGCUGUCCUGUGGCGUCAGCGCUAAUGCCAUGGACUAUGGGGGACAUACACCUUUACACUGUGCUCUGCAAGGUCCAGAUGCAGCCCUGGCCCACAGCCCUGAGCGCAUGGUGCGAGCCCUACUCAACCAUGGUGCUGUCCGAGUCUGGCCAGGGGCACUGCCCAAGGUGCUGGAGCGCUGGUGCGUGUCCCCACGGACCAUCGAGGUCCUGAUGAACACCUACUGCGUGGUGAGGCUUCCCGAGGAGGCCAAGGGCUUGGUACCACCUGAAAUCCUGCAGAAGCACCAUCGGUUCUACUCUUCCCUCUUUGCCUUGGUGAGGCAGCCCAGGUCCCUGCAGCAUCUUAGCCGUUGUGCGCUCCGCUGUCACCUGAAGGGCAGUCUGCCCCGCGCGUUGCCACAGCUUCCCCUGCCGUCCAGCCUGCUCCGCUACCUGCAGCUGGAGUUUGAGGAUGUGCUUUACUAGGUGUGUGCUGCCCUGAGAACAAAGCUCCCCAAAGAGCACCUGCAAGGACACAAGCUAGGCCAUCUUGCCAGCACAAGGUCCAUCUUCAAGUCGGGAAUGGGUGCCUCGGUCCACACUUGAGAGAAGCAAACAGAUGAGCAUCCAGCUGAUACUGCUGCAGAGAGAGCACCUGUGCAGACCUGCAUGUGCAUUGGAAAUCUCCAGGCUGCAGCCGCAAUAACGGUGCUGAUGUUGUCUUAGCACUUGGGAAGUAGAGGCAGGAGGGUGGAGAGUGGCCAGAUCAUGCUACUUAGUGAGACUUCGUCUUUAAAAGAAAAUCUACACGUUGUAUGAUUUGGUAGUGUCUCCAACAAGUCUCCACCUCCCUUGAGAUGACUGGGUUGCCCCACUAGGCAAGUCCCGAGCCAACCUGCCCUUCUCCCUACACGAGAGUGAGAACUUGUCAGAGUAGGUGACCUGGGUUGGGCAGGGAGGAGGCAGGGGCAAAGGGAAGUUGGUGGCUGGGCCUGGAAGGGGUGGGAGAGCCCCUGGAGAAAAGGCUCAACAUAUGUGGGCUCUCUGAGCACCCUGCUUAGGAAAACAACCGUUUUUACCCAGUGCCUAACCCUGUAGGUCAGGGAGCAUCACCCAGUGCACGUCUGGUCCUGGCUCCUUUUCCUUUGCUUCUGUAGUUGUUAUUCUACAUAAAGGUGUUUUACCUUAA